AUGCGGUUGACGCCCCGUGAAAUGACUACGUGGGUCUGCUGACCGCACGGAUGCAUGUGUAUCGCUACACGCGUACCGUGGGUACUGUAGGGUCUCCGUUUCAAAGCCCUGAUCCAUACAGCAGAUGAUAUUUAAUCGAUCAUCGGAUCCGCAGAGAUUCCCUAUCCACCGACGACUGCCACUCGACAUUGGUACUCGAAGACAACCCACAAAUCGAGACCUGCAGGUAACAGCGACGUCACGUCAGCGUUCACGCAACGUACUGGAUUGGUGAUUAUCAAGACCAGCCCUCGGUCGAUGAUGAACAACUACAGCGCGGAGUCGCCCACUAUGAAUAUGGACUUGGUAGUCGGAACAACCGACGCUGGCAUCCUCCUGCCCAUGGAGAUAUGGGAACACGUAAUUGAUCUGAUCGCAGAGAAGGUCGAAAGACAGUGGAAUCUCCUCAAAUGUCCGUGGUGGUUGACGCUGAUAUCCUGUGCUCUGACCUGCAAGGCCCUAUACAAUCGGGCGAGGUGGCACCUACGCGGAAACGUCAUGCUCCUCACGCAGAGUAACGUGGUCUCGUUCGCGAGGCUGCUUCGCGCCGAACCCUACCUGCGGCCUGUGAUGCGCUUCGUCACUAUAGCUGGUUCCCCUUCUCGCCGCCAUCUGCCCAUUCCACACAUCGGGACGUUCGCGAUCAUGCUCGCGCGCUGCCUCCCAAGGAUGCAGGCACUCGUGAUCACCAAUGCGAACUGGACCAUAGGCUCCAUUCGCCAGCAAGACAUCGUCAACCUGGCCGCGUUCCGGUGCAUCAACGAGCUGACGCUGCAGGACAUUCGCUUCGCUACGGUGUCCCAACUCGGGCAGUUAAUCUCCUCCGUACCGCAGUUGCAGAUACUGCGUUGCGCCAGAAUUAAAUGCAAUCAAAAAGUAUCUCCGCUCGUCUUACCACCACUCCCGUUGAACAGUACGCGACUGCGCAUCGGUCACUUGGAGGACACUAUGUCCCCCGCUAUCCACGACUUCCUUUACCGCAUAUUAACAUCGGCAAACCUACUACGCCUCAGCGUUGGGGCUCACCAUCGCGAUAUAUCUUCUAGCUUAAUCAAGCUGCAGAGACUGCUUGACGCAUGCGCAUGGUGCCUUCGAGACCUCCGCCUAACAUUGAACAUGAAGGGUGUUGUUGACCAGUCUCCGGAGAAGCUAUGCGAGCAUAUCAACCUUAGCCGUUUCAGAAGACUACGUUCUCUGCGGUUCUCGACGUGGUGCUACGUCGACAGCGACUACUCGUGGAUCCCACACCUACUCUACACAGUGGUAACAUUCAUCGUCGAUUUGAAAAUCAUCUUCCACGUGAGCGUGACCAAUUGGGAGGAGAGACUCAGUGCCUUGCUCCACCGACUCGAAACGGGUAACGAGCUAGCGGAGCUCGACACCUUCCUCGCUACGCCCCGAAUUGAUAUCAGGCCGGGCAAUCCACUAGUACAAGUUCUCCUCGCAUUGGAAGGUUCUGGCUCCACUUACAACCCGUGCAAGUCAAGGAUUUCUGAUGACGAAUGGUCGAAGCUCGUGAGAGGGAAGAUGCCUCAUGCGGAUGAAUGCGGUAUACUGAGAACGAUCAUCUACUAGUGCAUCGCUCGCUCCCGAGUAACGUACGCGGAUUGGUCGCGGUUCAAUUGUGCGUUGCACGCGUGCUAUCAUCUCAGCGC